UUUAUAUUUAUGAGGGAAUUUAAGGUUAUUAGAGAAUACUGUGCUAAUCUUGAUUUCAACUUUUCCACUUGUUUUUUUUUUGGGGUACAUUUUGAAGACUUUUCCUAAACCUGCCUUAUCUGUGUAAUUUAAAAGUUUUCCUAGUCCUGCUACACGUCCUACAGUGGCAUACUGCUUUCUCAGUGUUAUUAAAUAUCUAGAUGUCUUCCCUGUCUUUUGAAGUUAGCCACUGUGCCGCUGGUAGCGCAGGAUCAAUUCCUCAUGUGAUUUAUCUGUGCUAUGUCUGUAUCCUGUCUGCGGCAGGAAGGGGACAUUAUAGAUAAUGUGACAACAGUGCAAACACGGCACUUUCUUACUGACUGGCUGCACUGGGUUUAAAGUUCAAUCUCUGUGGCUAAUGCAGGAGGCUAAUGAGUACAAGUGAGUGAGCUCAUCAAGGUGACUGCAAGAGACACUUUUUCCUAAAGAAGGACCCAAUUCAUAAGCGUUGUCGAUUGUUUUGAAUGGUGUUCGGUCUCCAGUGACUCUUUGAUCCUUCAGCCUGGCCAGAAUAUUCUGUGAAGGACUCGCAUCCGGACUGUUUUCCUGGAGUUUGCAUCAGGCCUGAGUGGAAUGUUUGGCCAUCUGUAUCUCCAGAUGCGUGUGGAUGCUGGAAGAGGACCAGCGCACUGUGAAUGACACCCACACACACUUCUGCUGUGUAUUUCAGGGACCUUAAUUCAUUCACACAGCUGGGGCACGCAGACAAAUCCGGACUGAUCAAUGGAGUGCAUAUGUGGACAGGCAGCUGGUUCCCAUGAAGAUCAGAUUUACAAUGGGAGUCCAGUAGUGAUCUCCUCCUAUGCCUUACAGUUAGAACUAGACUGCAUUGAUGGAGGAGGAGGGAAUUAUGACAUAGUGAACAACGCUGUGAUCUCAACACCUGGGCCACAAAACCACAGAGCCCAAAAUGUGUCCUUAAAGCAAAGCUGGGAGAUGAACUACCAAGAGGCAGCCAUCUACCUGCAGGAGGGAGAGAACAAUGACAAGUUCUUCAGCCAUCCUCGAAACCCCAAGGCGCUGGCAGCGUACCUGUUUGCCCACAACCACCUGUUCUACAUGAUGGAGCUGCUGACGGGCCUGCUGCUGAUGAAGCUGUCGCUGUGUGAAGCUCCUGCGGUGCCCUCACUGCGCCUGGAUGUCUACGUCCAUGCCACUCUGGAGCUGCUGGCUUUGGUUAUGGUGGCAUUUGAGCUAUGCAUGAAAUUGCGCUGGUUAGGCUUCCACACCUUCAUACGACAUAAGAGGACCAUGGUGAAGACGUGUGUGUUGCUGCUGCAGUUCGUGGAGGCCAUAGUGGUUCUGGUCAGACAGACGUCUCACAUGAGAGUGACCAGAGCUCUCAGACCAAUUUUCCUGGUGGAUUGUAGAUACUGUGGUGCUGUGCGCAGAAACUUGCGUCAGAUCUUCCAGUCCCUCCCACCUUUUAUCGACAUCCUCCUUCUGCUGCUCUUCUUCAUGGUUAUAUUUGCUAUCUUGGGUUUCUGCCUCUUCUCUCCAAACAGUGCUGACCCGUACUUCAGCACUCUGGAGAACAGCCUCGUCAGUCUGUUUGUGCUGCUGACCACAGCAAAUUUCCCUGAUGUGAUGAUGCCUUCGUACUCUAAGAACCGAUGGUCCUGUGUUUUCUUUAUUGUUUACCUCUCCAUAGAGCUCUACUUCAUCAUGAACCUGCUAUUGGCCGUGGUGUUCGAUACGUUUAAUGACGUUGAAAAGAUGAAGUUUAAAUCUCUUUUACUUCACAAACGCUCGGCUAUUGACCAUGCCUUUCAGCUGUUAGUUAGCCGGCAGAGGCCGAUGGGCGUGUCGCUGAAACAGUUUGAUGGUCUGAUGCGGUUUUACAGGCCACGGAUGUCUGCAAGAGACCGCUUCCUCACAUAUAAAGCUCUUAACACCUCAGGAGCUCCGAUGCUCAGUUUACAGGACUUUUAUAAGUUCUAUGAGGUCACUGGCCUUAAAUGGAAGGCACGACGCAGUGGAGAACACUGGUUUGACGACCUUCCGCACACAACCUUCCUCAUUUUCAAAGGCAUCAACCUGCUUGUGAAGUCAAAGGCCUUCCAGUAUGCCAUGUAUGCGGUGGUGGCCAUCAAUGGUGUGUGGAUCCUCGUGGAGACGUACAGGCUGAACAGUGGAUUUUCCUAUUCCAGAUUCGUUCCCUGGAGUUACAUUGUUUUCCUGACCAUUUACGGGGUAGAGGUGUUAUUGAAAAUAGCUGGUUUGGGGCCGAUGGCUUAUUUCAGCUCUGGGUGGAAUCUGUUUGACUUCUCAGUGACAGUGUUUGCCUUCCUGGGCCUGAUAGCUCUCGCCUUCGAUAUGGAGCCAUUUUACUUCAUUGUAGUUCUCAGACCACUUCAGCUGCUCCGGUUGUUUAAGAUAAAGCAGAGGUAUCGGAACGUGUUGGACACCAUGUUUGAGCUCUUCCCCAGGAUGGCAAGUCUGGGUUUGACCUUAAUCAUCUUCUACUACUCAUUUGCAAUUGUUGGGAUGGAGUUCUUUGCAGAUGUGGUUUACCCAAACUGCUGCAACACCAGCACAGUAGCAGACUCCUACAGACAGAUCAACAUCACCUAUGGCAAUAAAACAGUAUUGGAAGAAGGCUACUAUUAUCUCAAUAACUUCAACAACAUCCUCAGCAGCUUUGUUACUCUGUUUGAACUGACUGUGGUCAAUAACUGGUACAUUACCAUGGAAGGAGUAACUUCUAUGACAAGCCACUGGAGCCGGCUCUACUUCAUGACCUUUUAUAUAGUUACCAUGGUGGUGAUGACCAUCAUCGUGGCGUUCAUCCUGGAUGCAUUUGUGUUCCGCAUGAACUACAGCCGCAAGAACCGGGAACCAGUGGAGAACCCAGAGGAUGAGAACGGGAUUGUAUUUGAAGUAGAGGUGAGUCGUGAUGAAGCUCUGGCCACUCUGGAGCUGUACAAACAGACCUGCCCAGGACUGUCCUCUCUCAGCUCUCUGCAGGGAGUCCUACAGACUAUGGACAGGGGAGGGCACACGUCUCUGGUGUACCUCGGUCGCAGGUCCCGGACGAAGAGUGACCUCAGCAUGAAAAUGUACGAGGAGGAGAUACAGCACGAAUGGUAUGCAGAGUAUUCAAGGGAAAACCUGCCUGAGCAAGACCAAAGCCUGGAGCGGGAUCUGGACAGUCCCGUCUCCGACCCGUCUCCUUUCCGAGAGCCUCAGCUCAACUCACAGACUGGACCUCACAGCAUCAACUAAUGCACAGUUCGCAGGCAGCACAACCAUCUCACCGUUUUUUAAUGCAAAGAAACCCCCCCGUCACUCCAGGUCUUCUCCAUGCUCCCCGUUUACCACAAAGGGAAAGUAGUCUGGGGCCUUUUGGACUGUUGAGACAGUGAGACGAGUUAAUGACGACUCCUUCUGGGAGCCGUCACUACGGACAGAAAGACGAGGUCUAAUGCUUGACCUUUUCAAAGACUGCAGCCAAAAUUACAGGGAGCCUGUACUACUACAGUAUGUUGUGUACGUAUACUGGUGUAGGCCUUUUGUGACCUUCUGUAAAUCAUGUAGUACUUAAACCUGAUGCCUUAGUUAAAUGGCUCAUCUGCUCAGUAUUAACACAAACACUACAUCUAAGUUCCUUAAGACCAAAAGUAUAAAAACUGACACUCCUUUUAAGCUUCAACCCAACAAAACAAUUAUGGUGUAUCUCCUAACUAAUG